AUGGCGGAUAACGCUAUACACAGUGCGGCAUCGCAACCACAGAAAGAAUUCGAUGUCAACGAGAAACACACCUGGCAAUCAGAUGCGAGCUCAGGCUCUCUGGAUCAUGCGGUCGAGCGAGGAACUACACAUCAGCUUUCUAGACAGCUCAAGUCUAGACAUUUGCAAAUGAUUGCAAUUGGCGGCACCAUCGGUACUGGAUUGUUCAUCGGUUCCGGAACAGCCCUCGCCAAUGCAGGUCCAGCUGGAGCCCUGAUCGCAUACGCUUUCGUUGGUACACUUGUCUACUCCGUCAUGGUAUCAUUAGGAGAGAUGUGCGCAUUCCUUCCCGUCACAGGAGCUUUCACCGCAUACGCCAGUCGUUUCGUCGACCCUUCGCUGGGUUUCUCUAUGGGUUGGAUCUAUUGGUGGGCUUGGGCUUCGUGUUACGCCCUCGAACUCACAGCAAGUGGUAUCAUCAUUCAAUACUGGCGACCUGAUUUGAGUCAAGCCAUCUUCAUUGGCUGCUUCUGGAUCGUCAUUACCGCUCUCAACUUCUUGCCAGUACGCUUCUACGGAGAGAUUGAAUUCUACUUCGCCCUCAUCAAGGUCAUCACCGUCCUCGGCUUUAUGAUCUUCGCCAUCUGCAUCGAUGCAGGAGCUGGUCAGCAAGGAUAUUUGGGCUUCGAGACAUGGAGAAACCCUGGUGCUUUUGCACCAUACCUCGUUGAUGGCGGUAGAAGUACCUCCUUGGCCAAAUUCGUUGGAUUCUGGUCCGUCCUGAUCCAAGCUGGUUUCUCGUACUCUGGAACAGAAUUGGUCGCAGUAGCUGCAGGCGAGACAUACAACCCCCGUAAGACCAUCCCCUCGGCUAUUCGCAAGACUUUCUUCCGCAUCAUCUUCUUCUUCGUCUUCACCAUCUUCUUCAUCGGUCUUCUGGUUCCUUACGACAAUGAGCAAUUGCGAGCUGGUGGUGAUGAUGCAACUGCUUCGCCUCUGGUCAUCGCAGCUAAACUAGCAGGCGUGAAGACCUUGCCUGGUUUAAUCAACGCCGUCCUGCUCUGCACAGUGUUGAGCGCUGCCAAUUCGAACGUUUACUCGGCUUCGAGAAUUUUGGUUGGACUUGCUGGUGAAGGUUUCGCUCCCAAGUUUUUCCAGCUCACCAAGGGUGAAGUGCCCGUCUACGCUGUCGGAUUCACCUCUCUGUUUGGCCUCCUCGGUUUCAUGAAUGUCUCGUCGGCGGGAAGUGUUGCCUUCAACUGGCUCAUCCAGAUUUCCGGAGUUGCAGGCUUUAUUGCUUGGGCAUGUAUCUUGGUCUCCCACUUGGCUUUCAUGAAGAUUCUGGAGAACCGUGAUAUCUCAAGAGAUACACUGCCGUACAAGGCCAUGCUCCAGCCAUGGUUUACCUACUAUGGUCUGUUCUUCUGGGUCCUGAUCAUCUUCACGCAAGGAUUCACCGCCUUCAUUCCCUGGGACACAUCUGCCUUCUUCAUCGCGUACAUCAGUCUGAUCUUGUUCGCUGUUCUCUACAUUGGCCACAAGGCUAUUGUCAGACCGAGAUUUGUUAGACCGUCAGAGGCCGACAUUGACUCAGGAAGAAAGGAGAUCGACGAAGCGGUCUUCGAGGAGCCAGUACCAACAACUUUCUUCGGCAAGUUCUGGUCUUGGCUGUCAUGA